AUGAACUUUGCUGAGAUAGAGAAGGAAAUCAACACCCUUGCAAAGAAGGCAAAUGAUGGAACUAUUUCAAUUGAUGAGAUGGCUGGAGGUUCAUUUACAAUAUCUAAUGGAGGAGUUUAUGGAAGCCUUUUAAGUACACCCAUUAUCAACCCCCUCAGGUUUCAUUCUACUGUGAAAACCUCCAUAUGCUUUCAUUCACUCCUCUUUUCUGAUUUAGACAAAAUGGUUGCUUGCUUGGUCACUGCUGGUCUGGUUCUGAUUGUGCUGCUAUGGACAUCGGCUAUUUUGGGCAUGCACUCGAUAGUGGCUCGUCCAAUGGUUGUUGGAGGCAAUGUUGUUCCAAGGCCAAUGAUGUACAUUGCGCUGACAUACGACCAUAGGCUAAUCGAUGGAAGAGAGGCAGUUUUCUUCUUGCGCCGAAUUAAAGAUGUCGUGGAGGAUCCUCGCAGGCUGCUUUUGGAUGUAUAA